ACUUUCUUAGAGCGCACUGUUCCGUGUCCGGGGCUGCCCGUUGCUCGCCUGGCACUGCGGACUCAGUCGCCGCUCGCGCCACUUCGUAUCGCUCAUCCAGCCACCCUCCCACCCAUCCUUCGCGAUGCGCCCCGGGCUGCUUUUCUCUUUGGCUCUGGCUCUGUGGGUCACCAACGCCUGGGCGGCCAUCCGAACCCCUUACCAGCAGAUCUUGCAACACAGCCGAAUCCGGGGCAGGCACCAAGGUCCCAAUGUAUGUGCUGUGCUGAAACUCCUUGGAACCAACAAGAAAUACAUGCCAAGUUGCAAAAUGUGGUACCAGAAGAAAAUAUGUGGAAAAUCAACAGUGAUUGCUUAUGAAUGUUGUCCUGGAUACGAAGAAGUUCCUGGAGAAAAAGGCUGCCCAGCUGCUUUGCCACUUGCCAAUCUUUAUGAGACACUUGGAGUUGUUGGAGCCACCACCACUCAGCUCUAUUCUGCCAGCUCUAAUCUGAGUGCUGAAAUCACAGGGCCUGGCAGCUAUACAAUCUUCGCCCCCACCAAUGAGGCCUGGGCAUCGUUGCCUGCUGAAAUGUUGGAUUCCUUGGUGAGCAAUGUCAAUAUCGAGCUGUUAAAUGCUCUGCGGUAUCACAUGGUGAAUAAACGAAUCCUCACUGAUGAGCUAAAACAUGGGCUUUCUCUCCCUUCCAUGUACCAGAAUAUUGAUAUCCAGAUUCAUCAUUACCCAAAUGGAAUUGUGACUGUGAACUGUGCUAGAUUGCUGAAGGCUGACCAUCAUGCUACCAAUGGAGUAGUCCAUCUGAUAGACAAAGUCAUUUCUACAACAUCAAACAGUAUCCUGCAAGUUGUAGAGAUUGAAGAAAGUCUUGAAACUCUUAGGGCUGCUGUGGCAGCUGCUGGUCUCAACAAUCUUUUAGAAAAUGAAGGUCAGUUUACAUUAUUAGCCCCAACCAAUGAAGCUUUUGAGAAGAUCCCUAAAGAAACACUUAACAGGAUCCUGGGAGACCCAGAAGCUCUAAAAGCACUGCUGAACAACCACAUCUUAAAAACAGCUAUGUGUGCUGAAGCUAUUAUUGCUGGUUUAUCCAUGGAGACCCUGGAGGGUAAUAUAUUGGAAAUAAGCUGUACUGGUGAUCAGCUGACUCUCAAUGGAAAACCCAUCAUUGCUGACAGGGAUGUAAUGGCAACAAAUGGAGUGAUUCACUUGGUCAAUGAACUUCUCAUCCCAGACUCUGCUAAAACUCUGCUGGAGUUGGGUAUGGAAUCCGAUGUUUCAACAUCUAUUGACCUUUUUAAACAAGCUGGUCUUGGUUCACAUCUUACUGGAAAUGAGCGAUUGACAGUCCUGGCCCCCAUCAAUUCUUUCUACAAAGAUCACAGUCCUUCAGCAAACAGAAAUUUGCUCCAAGAUCAUUUAAUUAAAGAGCAGCUUUCUUCUAAAUAUCUUAUCCAUGGACAGAAGCUAGAAACUCUGGGUGGCAAAGAAUUGAGAGUAUUUGUGUACCGCAAUAAUCUCUGCAUAGAAAAUGCCUGCAUUGCUGCCCAUGACAAGAGAGGAAGAUUUGGCACCUUGUUUGCUAUGGAUAAGAUGCUAAGUCCCCCUGUGGGAACAGUUAUGGAUGUGCUCAAAGCAGACGAUCGCUUCAGUACCCUAGUGGCUGCCAUCCAAUCUGCAGGCCUAACUGAAACACUGAAUAGGCCAAGAUCCUUCACAGUGUUUGCACCGACAAAUGAAGCUUUCCAAGCCAUGCCUCAAAGGGAGCUAAACAAACUUAUGGGUAAUGCAAAAGAACUUGCCAACAUCCUGAAGUACCACAUUGGGGAUAAAAUUUUUGUGAGUGGAGCAGUUGGUGCUAUUGUAAGAAUCACAUCUCUGCAGGGUGAAAAAUUGGAAGUCAGCUCCAAAAACCACAUAAUAAACGUCAACAAGAAGCCUGUUGCUGAAGCUGAUAUUAUGGCCACCAAUGGUGUGAUUUAUGCAGUGAAUACUAUCUUACAACCCCCAGCUUCUAAGCCUAAUGAAAGAAGUGAUGAACCUGCAGAUCCUUCUCUGGAAAUCUUCAGGCAUGCCUCUGCAUUAUCCAAGGUUUCACUAAGGGAUGCUCGGCUCGCUCCUGUGUAUUCCAGAUUGUUAGCCAGGAUGAAACAGUAAAGUGACAGCAAGUCUACAUGUCAAGCACAAUCAAGGAUUCAGCUAAUUUUUAUUGUUGAAAACAAGGCCUAAAUUUAAACAGAACAAAACACCACCAUGUAGGUGGAAUUCAUCUUUACACAAAGGUUAUCUUCUUUUCAAAUUGAAAUAAAGGGAAGAAAAUAAAAGCCAUACACACACACACCCAGACAUCAUUUAAUAAGAUUAAUUUGUCCUCAGUGGUAGCUGAUAAUUUAGGGAAUAUCUAUUCCAAAAUGAUUUAGGCCAGACGAGCUUAAGCAAACAAUGCUUUUAUUGAAUUGUCACAUAAAUCUGUAUCUCUCAGGUUAGCACUUCCCAAAAAACAAACAACCCGGUAUUUGUGAGUGCUGUCAGAAAUAGAACAAGGUGCCAUAUGCUAAGCCCACCCAUUAAAUUGUUUUGCCCAAUGCCUUCUACUUCUGCCAAUUCUCAAAGGAACAGCUUUUCCAUGUCUUCUGAUGGAACUUGUUAGCUAGUGACUGUGCCUUGGAUCUUAUGUAUAUAAACCUGCUCUGUUCCACUGAAUAGGUUUCUCCCAUAAAUUAUUUUUUUUCCAGUGGUUUCUAUGACAUAUUUGGGCUUUAGCUGCAGAAAAUGAAGAAAUUGAGCACUCUAGUCUAAAUAAUUCUCAGGAUGGCUUCCAUUUUGUUUUUCUAUGUUCUGUCUAUAGAUCAAAGGGCAAUCACUUAGACUGUACUUUCACAUACACUUCUAAAACAAUUGGUAGAGCUCAAGAGCCUGAACUAUAUUUAUGGUCUCAAGCCCAAUGGGAUUAAUGGUCAAUUUUUUUUGUAAGGUGCUAACAGUAGGAUUUUGCUUCUACAUGGUUUUGUCAAGGAAUAUUUUUGGAUAGAGUCAGAACCAUCUAACAUUCAUGUACAUAUAUACUGGCAGAAUCAUUAGCUUCUACUUAGGUAUUAAGAAUCUUUGACUUUUAAUGCUCUUUUUAAAAUUGCACUCUUUUUAAAAAAUAUACUGUAGAAUAAACUUCCAGGUUUAAGAUUUUUUCUCUAUUUCUGCUCUGAGGCUCACAGUUCCCAUACCCCCACAAUUUGACCUUUCUCAUAGGUGUCCGGGGGUGAGGGAACAAGGGGCAGAAUCUGCAUUAUGUCAUUAUGGCACACACCUCGCGUGUUACGUACCUGUGUCUUAUACACAUUUCAUGAUAGUUUUGCCAUUGAGGUUGGUAGAGAUGCCUAUGACUUUUCCCAUGUAGUUCAAGGGGUUUGUUUGAAUUUUCAGCUCUAGAUAUAUUUUGAAAAUGAAGCCUGAAGUUUUAUAGUGAUAAUCAUACCAUUUUCUCCUUGGCUGCAAUAACCUGGAAUUACAUUUGUAUAUAGACACUUUAUGCAAAGUAAAAUUGUAUUGUGUCAAUUGAAUGUGGCUCUGUAGGUGACAGUCCAAACCUAGGUUUCUUUCUGCUCUCUCAUAACAUGCCACCCCCAGAUCUGGAUAAAUGACAACCCUUUUUGAAGUUUAGAAUUCAAAAGGUUUUUGCAAUGUAAUGUGAAGAGCUGUUGUCAAAAGCCACUUGGGCAUGUACAAGGUAUUGCACAUGCUGACAUGAGCUCUCUGAAAGAUGGUCUAUAAUCUUAGAUGAUAGUAGUAGGCAAGUCCCUGAACAAUGCAAUUUGUGUACUUUAGCAAGAACCUGUGGUUUUUAAUUUCUUCCCUCCUGUGCUUUGAAAAUCUUCCAUUGCAAUUCUGCAUUUUAACUUUUUUUUUUUUUAAAAAACCCUCAUUGUUGAUAUUAGGGAAUUUGCAUGAUGCGGGCUACAGUUUGAUCAGUGCUGCCGAUUAGCUUUGGCUUACACACAUGGUUCUAACUUUAAUAUCUUUUGUUCUUCCCACAUCUGAAAAUAUACCCUUACAAUAAAAUAAAAUAGCCAUGGAACUCUCCCUCAUCAAAACCUUUGAAUAAACAAUCCAUUUGUAAUAAAA